AUGGGGAUCGGGGGGAACUUCUGGGAGCUUCUCAAACCCUAUGCCCGCUACGAGGGCGUGGACUUUCUCCGGGACAAGCGGGUGGCUGUUGACCUCUCCUUCUGGAUCAUCCAGCACGACGCCGCUGUGAGGAGCGCCUCGCGGAGGGCCCCACGGAAUCCCCAUCUCCGCGUCACCUUCUUCCGCACCGUCAACCUCUUCGCCAAGGUCAACCCCUCCCCCACUCUCAGCCGCCUUUCCGUCCAUGUCGUCUCCUGAGCCAGCGGUCUCACGGCGGCGCAGAUGGGGGCGUUCCCGGUGUUCGUGGUCGACGGGGAGCCGCCGCCGCUGAAGGCACAGGCGAGGAUCGAGCGGUUCUGCAGGGCGGCGGGAUUAGAUCCCUCUGAAUGUGCGAUUGCCCUUCCUCAAAUGGAGGGCGGGGAAACUCCUGAGAUUCAGAGGAACAGGUUCUUCACUAAAUGCGUCCAGGAGUGCGUGGUGAGUCGCUGGAAGAUCCCUCACAGUCGUUGUUUCUCCCUAAAUUUUUCUCUAGAUUCUGUUCCUGCGACGUUGAUUCUCAGAACUCCAUGAUUUUUCUGAAGAAACCAUCUGCAUUGCAUCUCCGGUUUAUCCACUUCGAUCGGAAUAAAAAUCUAGAACACCGCUCACUCGGAUCAUCUGCAGAGUGCUAUCUUCAACGCAUCAGUUCUUGAAAUGUUCUUGAAUUUUUUUAAAAAUCUCUGAUCUACGACCGAAACUAAUUGAUCCUUGUUCUACCAUUUCCGAGGAUAGGAGCUUCUUGCUUUUCGGAAUUCCACAGUUUUUUUCUGAAGAAAACAUCUACAUUUAAGACUCAUCUACUUCGAUCGGAAUUAUCAUCUUGAACACCACAUAUUCAGAUCAUCUUCAAUGCAAGAAAGCUGUUGAAAAUCAUUCGCUUGAACAUAAGGGCUUAAAAUUUCUUGACUUUUUUUUAAAAAUCUCGGAGCUACUAAUGGAAUCACUUGUUCCUUGUUCUACCAUAUCCAAUGAUAGGAGCUGCUUGAGCUGCUGGGGAUGCCUGUCGUGAGAGCCAGGGACGAGGCCGAAGCUCUCUGUGCCCAAUUAAAUGCUGAUGGUGAUGUUGAUGCUUGUAUCACAGCGGACAGUGAUGCCUUCCUCUUUGGGGCCACGUGUGUGAUCAAAAGCCUGAACUCCAACUCCAAAGUUAGUGUAAUAUCACAGUAUAUCAUUGUUCAGCAUGCCAGAUUAUAUUUUUGGAAACUUCCCAUAUGCCCUGAUCGCAUAAUGGCUAUUGGGUACGUUUUGAUUUGUGUUCUUGGGUAAGUUCAUGGAACAAAAUUAUAAGAUAUAUAAUUAGAUCACUUUAGAUGGUCUGAAAUCCCAAAUUUGCUUCUAAUCGACUUGGGAAAGUAGACGAUUCUGGGAUUUUUUUUGCCAUUUAUGAAAUCAACAGUCAAGUAGGGUUCUCUUCUUGCUGAUUUUGACUUCCAUGGUUAUAAGAUGUAGCCUGUGUAAAGUCAAAACUUUCCAGCUAAGUCAUAAUUUUUUUCCCUGUCAUCUGACCUUCGUAGUGAUACGAUGAUGAAGCACUUCACUUUUUAGCCUUGUAAUCAUGCACCAGUGGGGAUAAUAAUCCAUUUUACUCAACUCUUGUAUGUUUUUACACAAGUCAACGAGUUAUCAUUCGGGCAGAUUUCAUCCUCUGCGUCUCGCUGCAUGCAGGAACCAUUCGAAUGCUACAAUAUAUCAGACAUCGAAGCCGGUCUUGGCCUGAAGAGGCAGCAUCUCAUAGCCAUCUCGCUCUUAGUUGGCAACGAUUAUGAUCUUCAUGGGGUGCCUGGCAUUGGAGUUGACACGGCCGUUCGUCUCAUCCAGCUGUUUGAAGAAGAUGAGAUUCUGCAGAGGUAUCUACAGCGAACCCAUGAGAUCCAGGCCAGAAUGGAACACUAAGCCCUAAACUUGCCAGAGUUCUGAUCUUUCUGCAGGUUGGGUGAAUUGGGCAAAAUCGGCAAAAUCGGCAAUUCAUCAAUGGCGUCCCUGAGCCCUCUAGAGGGGGAAUCCAGGAGGGCCAGGGCCCCUCCUCACUGUUAUCGCUGUGGUCACCCAGGUUCUAAGCGGGCCCAUGUCUCCUCUCCUUGUGGGCCCUGCAAUGCCUCCGGAAAUGGAAAUUGUGCUGCAAAGCCAUCAGGGUUCAGAUGUGAGUGCCCAGCCUGUGAAAAGGUGCAUAUAUAUUUUAUGAUCUUCCCCAUUUGAUUAAUUUUUUGUUCCUGCCUUUUACCAGCUGCCAUAUGAAUAUUUAUGCAUUUCUCGUGGCAGAUUUAUUUAUUUAUUUAUUUAUUUUCCCCUUGAAUGGGAAUAUUCUUCCAAGAUCAAGCAAAAAUGACGAUUUUGGUGUGCUCCAUGGGCAGGCUCGCCUAGACAAAGAACAGAAGAAGCAUGAGAGCUGGAGAAUCAGAGUUUGCCAAAGAAUUUCCGCUGAGGAUAAUUUCCCAAACGAGAGGAUCAUCGGGAUCUACUUAAACAGUGGCGGCGACCAUUGCAGUGGGUCCUCUGUCUGACUGAUUCAUCCCUCUUCUCUCCAUAGCUCUUCCUGCAAGAUUCUCCCAGGAAAAGGAAAGAAAUUCCUUGAAAUAUCUUGAAUUUUUUUAUUUUUUUUAAAAAUAAAAUCUUGAAAUUAUUAUUGGGAAGACGUGAUGAAUAGAAUUUGAUAAACUGGCGGUUCAAAUGACUUUAAAAUAGAGAAAAAAAAAUGUUAAACAUUGAUUUUCCAAGCUCUUUCUUCAUCUCGGUUGACUUAAUUUUUUGGCUGCUCAGAAGUUUCGACCUGGACUGUGCAGGAGACAAAGCCCCACCUCUUCAGUGGCAGAACCCAAGUGUGGAGGCUUUGGUUGACUUCUUGUCUUACUACCAGAACUGGAAGCCAUCUUAUACCCGGGAGAGGGUUCUUCCGAUGCUUACGACUAUCUUCUUGAGGGAAAUGGCUGCCAAUCCAAGGGAAGGAUCUCUCCUGUGCGGACAGUUUGGGUUCCAUUCGAUACAGAGGAUAAGGACGAGAUUCUUCCACCCUUUCUAUGUGGUGAAGUGGAAGAGGGUCUCUUCUGGUUUGACUUGUCCAAAUGUGGGGCUGUCUGGUUCUCCACCUUCUGACUUCCCCUCCUCAGAAGGGACUGACCCCGCCGAUCUAAUGGAGGAGCCUGAGGUCCCCUCAAUCUUCAUUGAUGAUGGAUGCUGGUUCAUGGCCACUGAUGAGAAUAUGGAGCUCGUGCGGGCGGCAUUUCCCAGGGAAGUCAACAGAUUCCUAAAAGAGAAGGUGCUUAUUUUUUGCUUCAUGAUUGACUUCUGCCGGAUAUGUGGGAGUAAGUAGGUUUUUCAAAGAAGAGUUUUUUGUUCUCAAUCCUAUGGUUGACUUUUCUCCUACUCACCAGAGUCAACAUGUUUUGUUAAAGAACAUGUUGGGACAUUUCAAUCAUAUGGCUAACUUUAGGCCCGAACUUACCGGAGUUGGGAUUUUUCUGUUUGACUUUUGCCCGACUCUACAUAAUCUACAUGUCUCUCAAAGAAGAUGUAUUUAUUUCGAUUAUAUGGUUGACUGUCCACCUUCAAAGAGUCAGCUGGCUUAGACUAGGAUCAAACGGGUAGUUGACCAAGAGCAGGAAACUCUCCCACUUAAUCAUAAUUCUGAAAUUUUUUACAAAUGCUCAGUGCUUGCUUAGCUACUAUUUGGAGAAGAAUCCAAUGCAAUGCCUAAAAGGAUUCCCCAUCUGUUCAUCACUGAUUGAUGAUCUGCUUCCUAUGCCCACAGGAGCCGCGGGAAUCAAAGUCAAAGAGGAAGGAGACAUUGGCAUCAGAUUCGCCGAGAUCUGGUCCUAUACAGCUCAGCAUCACCGAGUUCUACCGCUCCACCAAAGCUGCUGCCACUGCCACUGCCACUGCCACGGCCACCACCGCCGCUGCUCAACUGAAACCAGAUGAAGAUCCAGUAGAAAGCUCUCACCAGGGCCCUUCGGUUAAGAGGCAAAAGAGGCCUUUGAGCUCUGAUCAGACCCUCUCCAAGUCAGUCCGACGGCGACUCCUCUUUGAUUAA